UGUAUUGAAAGUUGCUAUUCGCUCUCCUCUAACCCAUCUCCACCUUUCCCGCCGUGCAAGAUCGUGCCUGCGUAGGCACGCGUUUGUCGUCUCGGAAACUACCUUUCCAACCACGGCCACCUACACAUAAGAGACAUACACACACAGUGCGCGCGUAGGCCGACCCGCGUGCCUACGGAUAUACCAACACCGAACCAAGCGCCAAGCACUCCGUACACGCACACACACACCAGCGUUAGCGAGCAGCAGGCGCAGCGUAUCUAUUUCUAUUUCUACGUGUCAUCCCGUCCCUGUCUGGCAGGCGGUACGCGAUUAGGUUCGAUUCCAAAUCGCCCGAGCGGCUGUCCCCCUUGCGCACGACGAAUCCGGGCCGCACCAGCACCAGCAACGAUGGAUGAGAGCGUACGGAAUAGUACGAAGCUCGAUAUCGAGGGAGUUAGACAGCAGUCCGCGACCGAGGCACUGCGCGCUGAAAGUGAACCGAAGGAAAGCUACAGGAAGCUCGGCGAACCAGACGUUAAUAGGAACGGGUUUGACGCUACGACGACCAUCCGGGCGGAAAACGGCCACCACGCGAUGCCACGCGAGAACGGAACGGGCGCCAAGGAUGGCGAGGAGGAGCGGAUGCUAAAUGGUGCCGGGGUGGAGCCGUCCGGAGCCGAACCAACCGAGAAGGACAAGCUCGCCCAGAAGGAGGUGGAGGUGAAGUUCAUCCCGUCGCAGAACGGGGACGCCCGUAUUGACAUGGAGCUGGAGAGUCAGCAAGCACUCACCGGCAUGACCAAGGAGGAGCUGAUGAAGUACGCCAACGAUCCGUUCUGGGUGAGACUGCGCUGGCUGCUGUUCGUGCUGUUCUGGGCCCUGUGGGGUGCGAUGCUGCUCGGCUCGUUCUACAUCAUCUAUGAUGCGCCCAAAUGUGCCGCGCCGGUCCCGCUGUCCUGGUGGCAGGAGGGACCACUGGUGGAGCUGGACGGUGAGCGCCAGUUCGCCGACCAGCUUCCCGAGGUGGAGCGGUACGGUGCGAAGGGUGUGAUCUAUCGGCUGCCUGCGGAUGAAACGUACCUGGUGGAGACGGCGGCCGUACAGGGCAAGCUAAAGCAGCUGGUCAGCACGUUCGGCACCAAGGACGUGAAGGUCGUGGUGGACAUCACUCCCAACUACGUCACCAAGGAGGAUGCGCUGUUCCAGGAGGCGCUCCAGAAGCCGGACAGUGCCGCUCACUCGGCGUUCGUGUGGCGCGAGGCAGGCAUGAAACCCCCGAACUGGCUGUCGAUUGCCGAGGAGGGUAGUGCGUGGAAGAACGCCUCCAACAACCAGUACGUGCUGUCCCAGUUCGGAGCGGAUCGGUACGAUCUGCAGCUCGGCGAACCGGCGGCCCGGGACAAGCUGAAGGCCACCCUCAAAGCACUGCUGGGCCAGGGCGUGCGGGGCGUACGGUUGGCCAACGCGAAGCAUCUGCUGAUCAACCGCGACGGUGGCGACGAGGCGCCCAUGAACCUGGAGGAGGCGGACAAGUCGCUCACGCACACCGACUACGGCUUCUGGACGCACAAGGAGACGACGUACCGCGAGGGGCUCGGCGAGCUGUUCCGCGAGCUGGUGGAGCUGGUGCACGAGCAGACGGACGGCGAAGGGUUCCUGUCCGUGACGGAGGACAUUCUGCGGCCGGAGGUUUUCGCCGUGAACGGGACGCUGCAGAUGGAUGCCCCGCUGUACGGCAACAUUGAGUUCGAUUUGCGCGAGGGCAGCGGGCCGGAUGUGGCGCGCAAGCUGCGCCACGACAUCGAGAACGCUUACCGAACGAUCAGCGAGUACGCGGUGGUGGCUAGCGGGGCCGGUUCGGGCAAACCCUGGCUGCAGCUGCGCUACGAUCGGGCCUCGCUCGAGCACGUGCCAGCGUCCGAGUACACCGUGUUCCACUUCCUGCUGCCCGGCGUGCCCGUCUUCCCACUGGACGUGCUGACCCGCGGUAAUGUGUCUAGCGAGAGUGUGGAAACGUUGGAAAAGUUCCGCGCCACACCCUCGUUCCAGCACGGGCUGUUCAACGCGUACACCGAUGCGAACGCGUCGGCCAUCGCAUACACACGGCUAAAGUCGGGCAACCCAGGAUACUUUGUCGUGCUGAAUCUCGCUUCGACCGACCAGAAGACGACGUUCGACUUCAGCGGUAUCGAUGGCAUUGGCAGCGAGCUGACGGUGGUGCUGACGAGCCAGAACUAUGCCGUUCCGAAUGUUGGCGUAAAAACCAAGGUACCGGUCGAUGCCGUACCGUUGUCGCCGAAAUCUGCCCUAAUUGCCACCUACGUACCGACCAAGUAAACCCGCAACCACUCAACACCAAACGUGGAGUGAGUGAGUGUGUUGGCGGGCACGGUUGGCAGGCGAAUAAAGUCUCUUGGACGUAUAAUCUAAUACCUAUCCUUGCUUGGGAGAUAUAUGCGUGUGUGCAUUUUGCUAUUCUAUUAUCUAUCGCUUUCGAGCGCAUCUGCAAUCGCGCUGCCGCGUUUAAAUUUGCUCACUUUUUUCCGCCCUUAGCCGGAAUGGGUGUAUAUCUCAUGUACGUGGCAGUUUUGCAGAAGGUGUACGCUCAGCUUCUCAAUAAAGUAAAAUAGCCAUUAGGCUAUAACAGCAUACAGAA